AUGGCAAGUUUCCUCGACGCUGAAUCCGCGCAAAAGUACAAGAAUGCGGAGAAGGCGACUCGUCCUUAUGUCAAAACCAUCGUUCAACAAUCCGGAAUAGCUGCCUAUCUCGAAACAGGAGCUGAAGCCAAUAUACUCGAUUUCGCAUGUGGAACGGGAGUUGUUGCACAGGAAAUCUACGAUACAGUACCAAAAGAGAAGUGGGAACAGCUGAAAGUGCUGGGCACUGACAUCAGUCCCCCGAUGUUGGAACAUUUGAGAGCGCGAGGAGAGACGCAGGGAUGGAAGAAACUGGAUACCAAGAUUGUGGAUGGGAAUGUGAGUUAUCCGUGUCUGCGGACGCUCCAGCACUGGGUUGAUACUAAUGCUUUCUUCCAGACAGACAUAACCCAAGCUCUCCCUAAGGCAUCAUACACACAUAUAUUCGCCUCCUUCGCUAUAUCCAUGCUCCCCGCACAGACACUCACGUAUCUUUGCUCACUGUUGCGCCCAGGCGGAUACAUGGCAGUUGCAACGUGGUCGAGCAUGUCAUGGGACAGCCUUCUCACUCGCAGCAUCGCUCUCACAAACGCGCCACAGCCUUACUCGCCCUCGCGUGAGGAACUGCGAGAAAAGUUCUGCGGACUUUGGGCUGACGAGUCAUACUUGGCACAGCAGUUUGAAGCAGUGGGCUUGCGAAGAGUAGGGACUUCUAAUGAGAAGAAAGCCGUAAGCGUUGGGACGCCAGAUGUUUUCGUAGCGACUAUGCAGUUUCCGCUGCAAUAUGUAAGGAGUACAUGGUGGCAGGGCGAGCGAGAGGGAAUCCUAGAAGAUUUGAAUGGUGCUAUGAAAGGCAUUGUACAGCAGGAGGUUGGAGAGGAUGGGGAAGUGGAACUGGUGUUCGAUGGGAUAGUUGGGUGGGGUUGGAAGAGUGGUUAA